UCUCGCCAAACCUUCCUGCGGAAGCCUCGCAAGCGCGAGGGGAAAAGAGACAUUUAUAGAGACCAUCUCUGUUUUCGCUCCUCUAUUUCUCUCUUCUCUCUCUCUCUGGAAUUCUUCUGCUGAGCAGAAAAGAGAAAGGAAGAGAGAUGCCAAUAGAGAUGCCGAAAGGUAUCCCAUUCUCGGUAGACACGUGGACUCCUAAUUCAAAGAGGAAGCGUUACCAUUUCCUCACUCACGCCCACAAAGACCAUUGCGUCGGAAUCUCCCAUCAUUCUUCUUUCCCAAUCUACUCCACCCAUCUGACCAAAACCCUCCUUCUUCAUCAAUUCCCACACAUCGACGAUUCUCUUUUUAUCGAAAUUGAAGUGGGCCAAUCGGUGGUCAUCGACGAUCCUGAUGGUGCUUUCUCCGUGUCAGCUUUCGACGCCAACCACUGCCCAGGAGCAGUCAUGUUCUUGUUUGAAGGCAGCUUUGGCAAUAUUCUGCAUACAGGAGAUUGCAGGCUCACUGCCGACUGCCUGCAAAAUUUACCUAUGAAAUACAUAUCCAAGAAAGGAAGAGAGACUAAGGGUUCCCUUGACUACCUAUUCCUGGACUGCACGUUUGCCAGCUGCUCUCUACAUUUCCCAAGCAAUUAUUCAGCAAUCCGACAGGUGAUCAAUUGCAUAUGGAAGCACCCAAAUGCCCCGGUUGUGUAUCUGGCCUGUGAUCUUCUUGGCCAGGAAGACAUACUUGUGGAAAUAUCUAGAACAUUCGGAUCCAAGAUAUAUGUUGAUGAGACCAAAAAUGCCGAAUGCUUCCAUGCUCUUACACUCACAGCUCCACACAUUCUGUCCCCAGAUGCAUCUUCUCGUUUCCAGAUAUUUGAAGGAUUUCCCAAACUUUAUGAAAGAGCAGAAGCAAAAUUUAAAGAGGCUUGGUCAAAUCUUCAACCAGAGCCCCUCUUUAUCCGCCCAUCUGUGCAAUGGUAUGCAUGUGAAGAGCCUUCAGAUACAGAAAAGCAAAGUAAGAUGAGAUUUAAGGGAGCGGAGAGAGACAAGUUUGGUGUUUGGCAUGUCUGUUACUCAAUGCAUUCAUCCAAAGAAGAGUUGGAAUGGGCUUUGCAACUUCUCCAACCCAAGCGGGUCAUCUCUACAACUCCCCCUUGCAGGGCUAUGGAGCUUGAUUAUGUCAGAAAUCACUGUUUCAACAAUGAAGUAACAGCUGAUGAUCCUAUAUGGAAAUUACUGAACAUUAAUACCAAAGAGUCUUCUUUGUCGCGAGCUUCUGCAAUUUCAGAUGUUUCACUGAAUGUUAUCGCUACUUCUUCAAAGGUGGGGUCCACACCUUGUUCUGCAGAGUGCAACCAGUCACCCCCAGCAAAAUCCACAAACAAUGUCAGGUUAUGCUUGAAUUUGUCUCCUGUAUCCAACAGAAGACCCAUUACAUUGUUUGGAAGAGCAAGACUCGGCCUUCAAGAUUUUAACAUGUUGCAAGAAGGGAAGAAUAGUGGGUCCAUUGACACUUAUCUUUCACAGAUUGCUACGAAUAAGACAGUGGAAGAAUUAUCAUCCGUUAAGGAGGAUACUGUUACUGAAUUGCAGUUUGAGAAAUCAAGAGAUAUUACGUCGUUGGGGAGGGCGAAUCCUGGUCCUCAAGAUUUCAACCCAUUGCAUGAAGAGAAUAGAACUGUAUCUGAUAUUUCAUGGGCCGUGUCCAAUAAAACAGUGGAGGGAUUAUCAUCCUCUCAAAAGGAGAGCAGUACUGAAGCAUUGUAUGAGGAAUCAAAAGAUGGUAGGGAGAUGGGUGUCGUGAAGAGUACUUCUGGCAUGGUGUCAUCAUGGAGUUUCAAUUCAAGCUUAAGGAAGCUUUACAGGAUGAUGAAUGUCCCAGUGCCUCGGCCUCUUCCCUCGUUGGUGGAACUUAUGGGACCCAGUAAACGAGCCAAGAUAAGCUCCAUGAAAGAGAGGGAACUUCAGUUGUAGGACAGCCAUUCCUACCUACAUGGUUGGUAGCAUUCACCUUCGCUUCUCUGGCCAGAACUGAUCAUGAAGAGUCACACUGCACCUCUAUGAGCUUUUAUUUCAAGGGAUAUACAGACCUUGGAGAUUUUAGGGGCAUGGUUCCUCCAAGGUGGAGCCCGUCAGAUGAAUGGUCUGCGGUACCACUGUGCGCCCCACUUGUUGGAACUGAGUGCCUGCCCUGAUAGAAUUGGAGAUAUUUUUUUAAUGUCAGGAUACUUUCCUGGGAGUAAUGAUCAAUUCUUUCAAAAACAUUGGGCAGACUAUGUUCUUCUGCUCAUUUGAUGUAUGAGCUGGGAAUGGUGGAUUUGUAUACACUUAAGCUUGUGGGGGAGUGUCCAUACAAACUGAAUUAUAGUGCAUUGUAUUCUAAUUCUUUUAUUUGUUAUUCAUCGCUCAUUUAAAGCCUUGUAACCUGUCGUACGAUAUGGCAAGAAAUAAGUCCAUUUUCCAUUCAAAAUAAGAUGUAUGCUUCAGU